AUGGAAUUACUUCAUACGAUACUUCAAAAUUUUAACACCAAGAAACUUAUUAACAUUGCAAUUGACAGAUAUGCAGCAGUUGGAAAAACAUCAGUUGGAGAAGCAAUUGCGAAUCAAUAUGGUUAUCAGUUUAUUAAUUCUGGGUUAUUUUAUAGACAUGUUGGUUAUUACUAUAAUGAUUACUCGAUUGACCAAAUCAAACAAAUCUUUGAUGAAGAACAGAUAUCAACAAAUGAUGAAUUACAUGAUAUUAUAAAUGAAACGAUUAGAAAAAUAGUAAAGAACAAAGGAUUUAUUGUAGUUGGUCAUGAUAUCACAACACUCUGUCUACCUGAUGCUGAAAUAAAAAUAAUUUUAUCAGCAGAUGUGGAGACUCGUAUUGAUACAACCAAAUUAACAUUAUUUGAAAUUGUUGAUAUGAUUUUAAUUCAAGUGUUUAAGAAAAUACUUG